AUGGCAGCAGACAACUUGAAGGUGCUUAAUGCACUUGAUGUGGCAAAGACGCAAUGGUACCAUUUUACUGCGAUUAUCAUUGCUGGAAUGGGUUUUUUCACGGAUGCAUAUGAUCUUUUCUGCAUAUCUUUAGUUACUAAGAUGCUCGGUCGGAUAUAUUACCAUGUUGAUGGCUCGAAAAAACCGGGCAGUUUGCCUCCCAAUGUAUCGGCUGCUGUCAAUGGUGUGGCGCUGUGCGGUACCCUUGCUGGCCAGCUUUUUUUCGGGUGGUUGGGUGACAAAAUGGGUAGGAAACGAGUUUAUGGCGUGACGCUCAUGUUAAUGUCCGUAUGCUCGCUUGCCUCGGGACUUUCUUUCGGGAGUGAACCGAAAUCAGUUAUGGCGACUCUAUGCUUCUUUAGGUUCUGGCUUGGCUUUGGGAUUGGUGGUGAUUACCCACUCUCCGCGACUAUCAUGUCUGAAUAUGCGAAUAAGAAAACGCGUGGGGCGUUCAUUGCUGCUGUUUUUGCUAUGCAAGGUUUUGGGAUUCUGUCUGGUGGUGUAUUUGCUAUGAUAAUUUCGACUGCAUUUAAUGCUAAGUUCAAGGCUCCAGCUUAUGAAGUCGAUCCAAUUGCCUCGACCGCUCCACAGGCAGACUACAUUUGGAGGAUAAUUUUAAUAGUUGGUGCACUUCCAGCUCUAUUAACGUACUAUUGGCGGCUUAAGAUGCCGGAAACUGCUCGUUACACGGCCCUUGUUGCCAAGAACAUGAAACAAGCUGCAGCAGAUAUGUCUAAGGUUUUGCAAGUUGACAUUGAGGCCGAGCAGCAGAAAGUGGAGCCGGCAGUAGAGGAGAAAAAUUCAUUUGGUCUAUUCUCAAAGAAAUUUCUUUGUCGUCAUGGGCUGCACUUGCUAGGAACAACAACGACUUGGUUCUUGCUCGACAUUGCAUUUUACAGCCAAAAUUUGUUUCAGAAGGAUAUUUUCAGUGCUAUUGGUUGGAUUCCUCCAGCGAAAACAAUGAACGCAGUAGAAGAAGUUUUUAGAAUUGCACGCGCACAAACUCUUAUCGCACUGUGCAGUACUGUCCCGGGAUACUGGUUCACCGUGGCAUUGAUCGAUGUUAUUGGAAGAUUUGCCAUUCAACUGAUGGGAUUCUUCUUCAUGACAGUAUUCAUGUUUGCUCUUGCCUUUCCUUACAACCACUGGACACACAAAGAUAACCGAAUUGGCUUUGUCGUUAUGUACUCGCUUACCUUUUUCUUCGCGAACUUUGGGCCAAAUGCAACAACAUUUGUCGUGCCAGCUGAGAUUUUCCCGGCUAGACUGCGGUCUACGUGCCAUGGGAUAUCAGCUGCAUCCGGGAAGUUGGGAGCAAUUAUUGGUGCUUUCGGGUUCUUGUAUCUAGCUCAAAACCAAGACAAGGCAAAGGCUGAUGCCGGAUAUCCAGCAGGAAUUGGAGUAAAGAAUUCGCUCAUCGUGUUAGGCGUAAUCAACUUUUUGGGCUUAUUAUUCACUUUCUUGGUUCCGGAAUCGAAGGGAAAGUCUCUCGAGGAAAUGUCUGGUGAAAAUGAAGACAAAGAAUGA